AUGAUUUAACUUCCCAAAACUCCUUAAUACUCGAAUUCACUAAAGAAUUAAGAAAUGAACUCAAAACAAAACAUUUAAUCACUAAAAGUUGAAAAAUCAAGAAAUUUCUUAAUUGAUGAACCUUAAGAGAUAUCAAUUACUUUGAUUAAGUAAAAGCCUUGUUACUCUGAUUUAUCUAUUUUCGAUACAUCUAUAAGGCAAAAGAUCUCUCCAAAUGAAACUAAAAUUUUAUUGAACAAUGAUCAAUCAAAUUUAAAUGUUAAUCAUACAGAAGAUGCUUAAUAAAAUGUAUAAUUUUAGGGAUGUUGCUUUUGUAAAGAAAAUGAAAAUUUAAUUCCUAUUUGUAGAUGCUCUUAAGCACAUGUAAAAUGUGCGAAUAAUUUUUUAAAAUAAGGACCUAUUUUAGAAUAAUUAAAAUGUCAAAAAUGCAAUGAAUUUAGAUAAAUUAACAGUUAGAUAUAUUUCGAUAUUAACCUUUGGCAAUAAAGCAAAUGGUAAUUACUUUUUGAAACAAUGUUUCUUUUGAUUAUCUUAAUUAUAAUUGGAGUUUUAACCUACUUUACUACCCACUUAUUUGAAGAUUCAUUUGAUGAUGAAAGAAUAUUAAUUUCCUGUUUAGUUUUUUCAUAUACUGUUUGUUUUAUAGUACUAAUAUGUAUGAUUUCUAAAAUCAUUAGUCAUUUUAAGAAAAUUAGAAUUACUAUAAAAUCAUACGAUCCUUUAUAUUAAAAGAUCAAUUAAACUUAUAUAAAGUUAAUGCAAGAACUUUGA